UUGAAAGCCAACGCUAGCCAAGGUGCAGCAAAGAUACAAUUUGUUGUACGCAACUUUUCCAAAAUUGAUAGCACUGUACUUAGUGAACCAGUACAUGCUAGGAAUAUUCCAUGGCGCAUUAUGUUAAUGCCACGACAUUCUGGUCAGGACAAAACUAAGCAUAUAGGAUUCUUUUUACAAUGUGCACCUGAGACCGACAGUUUGUCUUGGACGUGCAGUGCGUCGGCAAUAUUAAUGCUAGUGAAUCAAUCCAAUAAAGAGGCGUCCAUAAUUAGAAAGAUUCAUCAUGUAUUUUUUCCAAAAGAAAAUGAUUGGGGUUUUAGUCAGUUUAUUUCAUGGAAUGAUACGAUGGAUCCAAGUAAGGGAUUUAUUAAGAAUGAUACCAUUAUUUUAGAGGCUUCCUUAAAUGCAGAUCCUCCACAUGGUGUCUGUUGGGAUUCGAAGAAAAUUACUGGUUUUGUUGGAUUAAGAAAUCAAGGAGCUACAUGUUAUAUGAAUUCACUAUUACAAACUUUAUUCUUUACUACGCAAUUGAGAAGGGCUGUUUAUAUGAUGCCAACCGAAAAUGAUGAUCCUGUUAGAAGUGUUCCUUUAGCUAUGCAGAGAAUAUUUUAUGAUUUACAAUAUAGCGAUAAGCCUGUUGGAACUAAAAAGCUUACUAGAUCUUUCGGUUGGGAAACUUUAGAUUCUUUCAUGCAGCACGAUGUGCAAGAGCUAUCUAGAGUGUUGUUAGAUAACUUGGAGAAUAAAAUGAAGGGUACAUGUGUUGAGGGAACAAUUCCGAAGCAGUUGGAAGGAAAAAUGAUCUCUUACAUAAAGUGCCUACAUGUAGAUUAUAUGUCAUCCAGAAUAGAGCCGUUCUUAGAUAUUCAGAUUAACGUGAAAGGAAAGAAAACUAUUUAUGAAUCAUUUGACGACUAUAUACGUUUUGAAACCAUGGAUGGAGAAAAUAAGUAUGAUGCUGGUGAAUACGGACUGCAGGAAGCUCGCAAGGGUGUAAUGUUCUCGAAUUUUCCCCCCAUAUUACACUUGCAGUUAAUGCGAUUUCAAUACGACCCCCUUGCUGAUCUUAAUGUUAAAAUAAAUGACAGAUACGAAUUCUAUGACAAACUGGACCUUAAUAAAUUCCUAGAAAAACCUGAGAGUGAGCCUGCAAAUUAUACCCUACAUGCUGUAUUAGUUCAUUCAGGAGACAAUCAUGGUGGUCAUUAUGUUGUUUAUAUUAAUGUGAAAGGAGACGGAAAGUGGUUUAAAUUUGAUGACGACGUCGUUUCUCAGGCAACUGCUGAAGAAGCUAUCGACAACAACUAUGGUGGAACUGAAGGAGAUGAACAUUUCGGGAGACAUUGUACAAACGCUUAUAUGCUUGUAUAUAUAAGGGAUAGUUGUCUAGAUGAAGUCUUACGUGAAUUAAAUGACGAUGAUAUUCCUGAAAGUUUGAAGAGACGGUUUGCGGAAGAGAAAAAACUAGAAGUUCAGAGAAGGAAAGAAAGAAACGAAGCUCAUUUAUAUAUGUCAGUACAGGUUUGGAGAGAGGACCAGUUUUCUUGUCACCAGGGAUUUGAUUUAUUUGUUGCAGAUAAGGCAAAACACAGUACCUACAAAGCAUUAAAGAAAUCAACUUUAACUGAAUUUUUAACGGCACUUGCUGAUUCAAUUGGUUAUUCUGUAGCUGAGAUGAGACCGUGGCCCCUGUUUCAUAGACCCAAUGGUACGACACGUGUUAUUGGAUUAGACGAAGCUGACUAUGACAGAACGCUUUUUGAUUUAGCGGACAAUGACGAAAAUUGGUUUAUUUUCCUAGAGACGCUCUUGCCAGAUUCUGGACUAAAGAGUUUACCGCCUUAUGAUAAAAAUAGUCAAGUCAUUGUUUUUUUGAAGUAUUAUGACGUAAUGAAUAGAAAAACUUCAUAUGUUGGCCAUUUGUACAUAGAAUUAUCCAUGUCAUUGGAUGAUAUAGCUAAGAAAUGUCGCGAAUUUGUAAGUAUUCCGUCUAGCGUUCCUCUCCUAUUUUUCGAGGAAGUAAAGCCAAAUAGAGUUGACAUACUCACCGAUACAAGUAUACCUCUCUUGAAGGUGAUGGGAGACUUCACAGAUGGAGAUAUACUUUGUUUUCAAAUCGACUCUAAAGAUGAAAAAAUUCCUACGGUAGAAGAUUACUUCAGGGAACUCUUUAAUCGUAUUGAUGUAAAAUUCUUUGAUAAAAACGUUUCAAAUGAUCCUGGUUUCACAUUAACUUUAUCUCAACGAAUGCACUAUAUAGAGAUUGCAAAUGCAGUUGCAUCACAUUUAAGUAUCGAUCCGAUGAUGUUGCAGUUCUUUAAAAGUUAUCAACCAUAUCGAGAUGCAGCAAGUCAUCAUCCUAUUCGGUGUUCAUUCGAGGGAACCCUAAUGGACUUGUUUUUACACUACAAACCGUCAAUGGCAAAAAAGCUUUAUUACCAAAAGCUUACUAUCCCGGUUACCGAAAUGGAAAAUCGAGUACAAGUAAAAUGUACUUGGGUAACGAAACAUUUGAAGGAGGAGACCGAAUUUUUUGUCCAUCCAUAUAAAGAUGCUACUAUUGAAGAGCUAUUAGAUGAAGCAAGGACACUGAUUAAGUUACCCUCGGGAGGCACUGGGAAGCUCAGACUGCUAGAAGUGGUUAGCAACAAAAUUUGUACUUGCUAUGAUGAAGAAAGUAGCAUCGAUUGUCUUACUCAGCCUUUGCAACGUAGUUACAGACUCGAGGAAAUACCACAUGAUCAAAUGGACUUAGAAGAUAAUGAAAUUCUCAUCCAAGUUGCACAUUUUCAGAAGGAAAUUUUUCAAACUUUUGGUGUACCGUUCUUAAUGAAAAUUGUUGACGGAGAAUCAAUAGAUUCUAUCAAGCGAAAAAUUAAGGAGAGAUUAGAUAUAUCUGACAAAGAUUUCGAAAAGUAUAAAGUUGCCAUCGUAAGACUUGGUCGUGUUACGUACCUGCCAGAUGAUGAGGAUAAAACAAUUUCUAUUGAAGAUUUGCAACCAACACAUGGUGGUAGUUUUGUUGGCCGGCCGUGGCUUGGCUUAGAUCACGUAAACAAACAGCCUAAGAAGACUCGUUACUCUUAUAUGGAAAGAGCAAUAAAGAUUUUAAAUUAA